CGUCUGAAAGAGAGAAAGAUUGUGUGUGUGGUUGGUUACCGUUCAUACAAGGAUUUAUACAUAGCUAGACUUGACCGCCUCAUUGACCUGAUAGCUAGUGAGGUGAGACAGACAGUACCACCGUUAGUGCUUAUUCACAAACAGUCUUGUCAGUGGAGGCUGGUUUGAUGUUUUCUUGUAUACAGUUGCUCUUUUGACUUGUAGUGCUGAUAUUUGGGAGCCUCUGCCAUGUACAUAGGCUGACAGUAUGUGGGCUUCAGAUUGCAGACCUGCGUAGGACAAAGCAGCUAGCGAGGUACUGCUCUGUGUCAGCUGUCAUGGGCAGCGGGGCUGUAUGGAGAAGAAUGUGCUUUCUGUAACCAUAAGUGUCCAUAUACUGUAUCCAUGACCUAUUAGAUGUUUGAAUCCUUCUCGACUGUAAUGUGAUUUGUGGGUUCAAUUGAAGUAUUUAAAAAGUGUGUGUUUGCUUGAUAGAUGUCACUCACGAAUGCUGAAGACAGUGUGUCAGUAAGGUGAUGGUGCAGAAGAACACAGAGAUGGCUCCGCCCACACAGAUGAAGUAUUCAGCUCUGACAUUCAGCACAGUCCAAGUGAGGAGGAAAACAUGUCCGACACGCACCCACAUUGUCUCUCAAGCAACUGUCCUGGAUGCUUUUCCACUUCUGUCCCCAGUGUGGCACCAAACUACAGCCUGGAUUCCGGUUCUGCCCCUCCUGUGGGGACAAGUUGCAGUGUGUUGUGGACCCCUCUGGACCUGUGGAGGCUGCUUCCUCUGGAGUCUCUCUGCUUCAUGUCACUGAUGGUGUAACCAUGACUGCUAAUGCAAGCAGUCCUACUCCAAGCACAGGACAACUGACUGGCUGGGACACAGAAGGUCUCGUCUGUGCCACCCCCAGUCCAGUGUCGACCCGUCCCCCACUGCGUAGGACCCGUAACUCAGUCCCCGUGGCCCGGAACGAUGAAACUCCUAGUAGUAUAGCCAGUCCUCCUGUCACUGCCUCCCCGAAACGUACUACAGAUCAAAGCCACAAAUCUGUGAUGUCUCCACGAAAACGACGUGCUGUCACCCCAAAAGUGGAACAGAUAAAAAAGGAACCGUCUGUGGAGCUGGCCUUCUCACCUGGCUCUUCACCUCUCCCCAGGUCCCCCUCCACGGUCAAGGGGAAGGCGAAGAAGGCCAAGCGAGCAUGUGCUGUGGAGCCACUGCAGGAAGGGGAGGAGCUUUGUGACACAACUGGCAGGAAAUGGAGGCUUGUGAAACUGUUGAGUCAGAGCGAUGCAGAGAUGUUCUAUGGAGUCCUGCAGAAUGGGCCAGGUGCCAAUUCCAGUGACUGCAAGCACAUCCUCAAACUAGGGGCUAAGGACGGGAAGAUGUUUAAUGAGCAGAACUUCCUCCAGAGAGCUGCCAAGCCCUCAUCUGUGGACAAGUGGAUAAAGCACGCCAAGAUGGACUUCCUUGGGAUUCCUACCUGUGUAGGAUUUGGUCUCCAUGCAGACUCUUACAGGUUUUUGAUUUUCUCCAGCAUGGGCCAAACUCUUCAGUCUUUCAUGGAUGAGGGGGAGGGGCUCCUGUCUGAGAAAGUGGUCCUUCAGCUGGCCUGCAGAGUAUUGGAUGUGUUGGAGUUCAUCCAUGAAAAUGAGUAUGUUCACGCAGAUAUCCAUGCUGAAAACAUCUACAUCAGCCCAGCACAACAAACACAGGUAUACCUUGCAGGGUACUGCCAUGCUUUCCGGUACUCUCCUGGUGGCCGGCAUGUGGAGUACCGUGAGAGCAGCCGAACACCACAUGAAGGAGCCAUAGAUUUUAUAAGCCUGGAGUCUCACAAGGGAGCAGGUCCGUCUCGCCGUAGUGACCUGCAGGCUUUGGGCUACUGCAUGCUGCGCUGGUACACAGGGGCACUGCCCUGGACCUCCCUCACACACACACCAGACCGCAUUGCCACGGAGAAGGAGAGAUACAUGGAGGACGUUCCAGGUCUCCUGAGUCACUGCUUCGGACAGAAGAAAGUCUCCAGUGCGCUGCAGGGGUACCUGUCUCAGGUGAUGGCUCUGCAGUACUCUGACCAGCCGGACUACAGGGCUCUGAGGGCAGGCCUUAGUGCAGCGCUGCAGAAGCUGGGAGGGUCACUGGAGCAACCCCUUGACCUGCAGAUGAAAGCGAUCGGAGGAAGAUGAUUCUUCGGGAUGAAAAUUCACUAAUGAGAUUUUUAGCCAACUGUUUUUAAAAUGCUGACUUUGUGACUGUAUGUGGUGUGAGUCCUGCUGUGUUUUUAUUAUGUUGGAGUACACUCAAGGAGGAGCGUGGGAAGGUGCGUUUCAUUAAGUUCACUGGAGGUGCAGUGCACAGAAACUCCUCGUUAUGCCAGGUUAGUGAGCACUGCUGUACUGUGUUAUUGUCAGCAGUGGUUGGCGCUGUGUCAGUGAGUGGGUAGUUAAUGUUUAACCUAUGAAAUAAUACAGUUUAUAACAAAGAACCUUUGGUCAGGGUGGUAAUGAUUGUAAGUACAAUGAUGUGCACUGUUCCAGUUAGGUGUUGUAGAUGUUCAUGAUAUGCGUUUUUCUUUUUGUAUUGUUUUGCUCACAGGAUAAUACUUUAUUAAAGAGCUUUUAUUAAUUCAACUGUU